UUUCCACUACGGGACGCGUGGGCACAGGUGUGACAUACUCACAAGCAGUUUGCGUAGGUGUAGCGUGGCUUUAUCCCAGCGCAAGGGAUAAGGGGGUAGAUAUGACGGCGAGGACGAUCAAUGGGUCGAUCAAAAUCAGGGAGAAACACAAGAUUUUCAAGGAGACCGGCUCCCCGUUCGAUGCGACACCGAUUCACUCCAUCCAGCUCCGGCCAGGCGGGCAUGAUACUCUCCCGGCCAAGCCCAUCGAUGUGUCGGCAUUUUCAUUCUCGAAGAGAACGGCGCACCAAAGCCCUCUGUCGUUUCUGAAGCGGGGGACAGGGAACGGUGGGACCGUGAUCCCUGUCGGUUCUGGCGAAGAAUCCCCCUCCGGCGGCGCAGCGAAAGGGGGGCAAAGCAAACGGGCGUCGGCUAGAGCAGCAGCCGUAAAAAAAAACAAGCUGCGGGACUUCCAGGCGUUUGCCGAGCGUCCGAACCCUCCGAACACGGAGUUCCGGAGAUUCUACGAGCGCGGAGACUUGCCCGUGCAGAUUGACCACGGAGGAGUACACAACAGGAUCGCAUGGAAGGUCGACAUCCAGAAGCUGGAUUUCCACCACUACCUACCGAUUUUCUUUGAUGGGCUGCGCGAGUUGGAGAUGCCCUACGCGUUUCUCGCGGAGCAGGGCGUUUACGACAUGCUCAGCGCCGGGUCCAACAAAGUCCUCCCUGUCAUCCCGCAGCUCAUCAUCCCCAUCAAGACCGCGCUCAACACGAGGCAGAAGGCGGUGAUCGUCAAGGUCCUCAAGGUGUUGCAGUCGCUCGUGACGUGCGACCAGGGCCCUGACGGGCAGGGACUCAUCGGGCAGGCGCUUGUGCCCUACUACCGUCAGAUCCUGCCAGUGCUCAACAUCUUCAUCCGGCAAAACGACAACCUCGGAGAUGGCAUCGACUACGGCCAGCAGAGGCGGGAAAACCUCGGCGAGCUCAUCAUGGAAACCCUGGAGGCGUUCGAGGUGAACGGCGGCGAGGACGCCUUCAUCAACAUCAAGUAUCUCGUGCCUGUUUUCCAGAGCGUCGUCGUCAGCUAAUAAGAUGACAGCAGCAAAUUGGUGGCGUCAACAAGGACGUGCUAGUAUCACCGAGAGGAGCUGUUAGUUUCUUGAUACAAGCAAAAUAAGGUCCGCGCGUGGUGGCUGACGUGAGGGGCAGCCGCACUUGCGAAUGCGAUGGAAGGCUAUAUUUCAGUACAACAACGACUGGGCAACACGUGCGUGCGUGCGUCGGAAUACUGUCGUCCAGGAGCGUAUGCUCUGUCGUAUACUAGAUGAAUCCCCCACAUAUUAAGAUGGUAUGUGCCCUCACGGCAGAGGGAAGGAUCAAGCUUCCUCGAGCGACGGAACGGGUCGUGCGGUUGGUUGUAGGUGGCUAAAAUUAAUCAAAUUACCGCGGAAAGAGGCACGAUAAAGGGUAGGGAUCAGCAAACAAGCCGAGAAGAGGUCUGUCUCAAUUCUUGCGGCGGAACGCGCGGUUUCCCAUCGCGGCGACAAAAAGAGCAGACAACUACCAUUCGACCCGUGAAAGGCCACUUCGAAAAGCUGGUCCGAGAAACAGAGAACGAAAGAAAGGAAUGAAUAAAUGACAAAAGGCUGGGGUGAAACAUUUUCCACCGUACCGUUAAGUCUACCAAUCUGCUGCACGUGAGGUACAUUACCAAACUGACACGCGAGCGGCAAGCUGCAACGGAGACCAACCCCCAACCUUCCGGGCCACGCCCUCCCUACCACGCCUCCCGCACGCCUCCAAAUAUCGUUGUUCCCUCCCUCUCUCCCCCCCCUCUCAGAAAGUACGUUCGUGGGGUAUGGACCACAUGCUUCUUGCGUUGUCACGUAGGCAAACAAGACAAAACCUUUCACAGCACGCAAAGCACCCGAAAGAUAGGUGGUGGUGCGUAUUACCCCAACAACACCAUCCCCAGAGACAUACACAACCCUCACAGAGACGGCCAGCUCCGUGUUGCUCGAGACAAGCACACACCGCGCCCACUUCAAGCCUCCAGCCAAACCCGCACGACGCAGCCACCGGUC